AUGGAUGUUUUCGGCGACUCGGAUCUGUCCGACAUCUCGGCACCACCAACGCCCGGCCCUGCCAGCACACCACGAGCUGUGUCACCAGAACCAGGGCCAGAGCCAGAGGCAGCUCAGCCACCGACCCCCGACGCUGCUGAUGAUGCGCCCAAGCCUGCGGGUCGUUCAGCCGCGCGGCGGCGCUCCUCGGCAAGAGUGACCGAGACUGCGGCAGAAACGCCUUCCAAGCCUUCUUCGUCUCGCAAACCUAAAGCUUCUACGAAAGCGUCCGAGUCCGCCGAUCCCGCUGAUGGAACGCAAGCACCGGCGACAGGCACGCCGAGCUUGAACCGCAAAGGAUCGACUCGAAACCGCAAGGCUCCCGCCAAGCUGCGCUCGCCUUCGCCGCUGGCGGAUCAGGCCGAUAAGCCAUCGCCCGCUGGGAGGGGGAAAAAGAAGGCAGAUGUCGGGCCUGGCACGCCCAAGUCGGGCAUCAAAGUCAAGCUGUCGGUCAAGAGGUCGAGUGCAGACGGGCGAGCUACGGGCGACAGCGGCUCUUCGAGCGCAUCCACGCCGCAACCCACUGCCAGCGCCUCGGGGACCAAGGUUACCAUCAAGGCACUUGGCAAGAACAGGUUUGCCGACGACCUCAGAGAUUUGGCGGACGACGACGAAGAGGCUCCAGCUGGGUCUGCAUCGGCAGAGGAUGCUGCGCCAGGAGACAAACCAAUGCCCGACGCGGAAGCCGCAGAUGGCGACGGUCUUGGAGGCGCUAGACGUCGAUCGACGGGCAAGCGGGGUCGGGACUAUCGCAACAAGCCCACAGGGAGACGGCGUGCUGUCGUGGCAGACGACGAGGAGGACGAUGAAGAGGGUGCUGGCAGGGGCGCUGAAGAGGCUCCGCAGAGGAAACGAGCCAAGCUUGGCGACAGCGCUGCCGACGGCGGGCGGGCGGAUGCUCGACCGGCGCGCAACACCAGGAACACCAUCGACUACAGUGACGACGACGACGAGGACGAAGAGAUGGUCGAUGCCGCCUCGGAAGAAGACGACCUGGAGCUCGAUGCGGCCGCUGCCGCCGACAGCGAGGACGACUUUGAGCAGGAUGGCGCGUCGAACCGCCGAGGAGCUGCCAAGUCCAAAACCGCCCGUGGCGCCAAACCUGGAGGUCGCAAAUCAACAGCAGGAGCUAGCGGUAGCGCGGCCAAGGCCACAUCGGCGAGCGGGGCGAAGAAAGCGGGCGCUGCAGCUGCGUCGGCGGCGGCAAACAAGGGCAUGUCUGCGGAAGCGCGCAUGCGCGCCUCGAUCGAUGCUGCCAAGGACAAGUCGCUCAAACCACCCGGUGCGUCGGUGGGCACCAAGCUGAAUCCGCAAGCCAAUGCGUUUCGACCCAGCGGCGCCGUCAAGUCUGGCACUUCGACGCCGACUGGCGCUGCAGGCGCCGCGGCGCCCAAGCGGUCUGCGUCGACAGGCAAGCCGGCGUUCGGCAAGAGCAUGAGUGGAUGGGACCAGCUGUUUGGCGGUAUCUCUGGCCUGAGCUCGUCGGCAGCCACGCCGCCGAAAGCCACACCCACCAAGCCGGGCGCACCAAGCAAGCCCGCUACGCCGACGGCGGGCGUGUCGGGCUCGGGCAUCCGUCAGGAUCCAGUGCUCGAGGCCGCAUCGCCCGCAGACGUACAGCGCCUCAAAAACCAGGCUACGCAGCAGUACCUGUGCACCGACGAGUGCUUUGACCUCCUCGCCCACGCCGACAUCAUGACCGCCUUCGAACGGUCCAUCGGCAUCGAGGACCGUAAGCUCGCUGCGCGCCUCAGGCCGUGUGUCUACAGAGCGGGGCAGGCGCUCCUUCCCAAGCUCCAGGCGACACAGCCAACUCAAUCUGCUUCGCAAACCUAA